AUGGCCUCCCAAUACGAAGACGCUUCGAAAAAGCUCAGGAGACUCCCCCACGUGUUUGCCAGAGUCCUCGAGCUCCCGAUCCACUCGAGCGCCGACGUUUCGGUGGAGGAAACCUCCGACUCUUUCCGCUUCACCGCUGCCACCCCAGCCAACACAGAUCACACAAAUAUAGCCGGCGAUGUAAGGGUGCACACGAUCAAAAUCUUCCCUGGCGUGACGAAGAUCGUGAUCAGAGGAGUGUGUAGCCCGUUAUUGGAUGAACUAAAGUUCGAUCUUUGGCGAUUCCGGCUCCCGGCUUCGACGAGGCUAGACAUGGCGAGCGCUAGAUGUAGCAGCGGUGGAAAACUGGUCGUGACAGUGCCAAAAGGCUUGGAUGAAAAGUAA